AUGGCAUCAAAUUAUCAACUUGGAUAUGAUGACGAGAGAUUCGAGUCGAUAGUGGACCAAAAUUUCCACUGUUUGAUUUGCUAUAACGUAUUGAAAGACCCCGUGAUGUGCCGCAGAAACCAGCACUACUUCUGCCACGGCUGCAUCACGGAACAUCUUCGUACGAAUUCUCAUACAUGCCCAACAUGCGCUGACGAGUUGAGUGUCGAAACAUUGGCGGAAGUCCCAAGAAUUGUGAAGAAUUACUUGGAUGAACGAAAAAUUCGUUGCGAUCAUUACGACAGAGGAUGUCGAGAACUCGUACAGUUGCAGAAUUUAAAGCGACAUGUCGCCGAAUGCGGGUUUACUCCAGUCAUUUGUGGAAAUCAAGGUUGUGGUGAGACAAUCAGUAAAAGAGAUCGUACAUAUCACGAGAGUGAACUGUGUCAAUUUAGAAAGUUGAAGUGUCACAACUGUGGAGAAAUCAGCACGAUGAUGGCGGGCAUGGAAACGAAAAUAGCAAACCUCCACACGAAAAUGGCACACACGGACACGAAACUGAAAAACAUGGACACGAGAAUAACAAACAUCGACACGAAACAGGAAAACAUGAACACGAAAAUAGAGAACUUGCAAGCGAACGUGGAAGCAAAGUUCGAAGCGAUGAAUAAUGAAGUGAGAGGAAUGAAAAUGAGUUUAAACGAAGUAAAAGAUGGCUUUGAUCAUUUGAAAGAAGCAGUACUUGAUAAGAUAGAGAGCAAAGAAAGAAAGCAGGAGGAAAUCACAAGAGAUUUAAGUGGCACAGCGAGUGGCGGGAGAGAAAAUCAACAUAUAUUUGUUGCUGGUGGUGGGGCGAGAAAGUCAGUAGAAAUAUUUAACUACCGUCAGAGAUUGUGGUCUUUAUUAAAGCCCAUGCCAGGGAAUCGUGACGAAGCAUCUUUAUUUGUUUACAAUAAUCACGUGACUGUAGCGGGAGGUUGGUGUCCUGGUGCUGUAGAUAACAUGAUCCGAAUAAAGAUUCACCCAGUCCCUGAUCUCUCAAUUAACUGGAGUGAUUUUGCUGCUAAACUCCCUGCGAAGAUGUUUGCACACAGCAGUGUGGUGUACAAGGAUAGCUUGUUGGUUACUGGUGGUAUUAAUGAUCAAGGUGACUUCUCUGACUGUAUUCACGAAGUUCAACUUAAACAACCUUACACUGUUAAACUGGUAUCCAAGAUGCCUGGACCAAGAUUUCGUCACACCAUAGUACUAUGUGAUGAUAGUAUUUUGAUUGUUGGGGGAAAGAAAUCAUGGGACUGCAAAGACAACCUCAGCAGUGUGUUAAGCUAUGACAUCAAGAAGAAUGAAUGUCAACAGUUACCUGCGCUUCCCUAUCCAGUGAGUGACAUGGCGACAGUCAAGUGGGCUGAGAAUGUCGUGAUCAUUGGUGGGGCUGACAAGUAUGGUGAACCAUUAAAUAAUGUUAUAAUUUACAACAUGAAGACUGGAAACAGUCAUAUGUUGCCUCCCAUGUUACACAAGAGGAGAGGAUGUAUGACAGUUGUUAUUGAGAAUACAAUUGUAGUACUAGGAGGAAGGGAUGAGAGACGGAAUGAUUUGAAAUCAGUUGAAGGUUUCAAUUUUGAGCGAUUUUCAUGGCAGGAACUUCCUGACAUGAAGGAAAAAAGAUACUUGGCUACAGCUGUUGUGAUCUAGACAUGCUUGUAUAUAUUAUGUACAAUAUUUGACAUAUACGUCAAAACUUUAUCCAGAUUUUAUAACAUAUGGAUUAAAGAACUGCCUUACUCUAAGCGCUACAAUGUUGUAAAAAAGAUAUCAUUGAGUAAAAAUUCAUGCCUACAGUAUAUACUGUUUAAAGAUUGUGUUUAUCUGAGUAAGCAAUCUCUGAUGAUUUCAGUAAAGAAACUUCAUCUCGU